UGCGGACCCGUUCACUUCGCACAAGGACAAAGAUCAGAAUCUCUGGUGGUGAGUGUACAGUUUCUAUUCAAGGCUUGUAGUGUAGUCUUCAGGUAUGCCUUGCCAUUCGAGAAAGUCGACGACCCAGUUGGAUGGACCCUUGAAUUCCAGAGAUAUUGGUACCACUCAAUUACGAUUUCCGUUGUCUACUUCGCGACCAUGAAAGCACUUCAACGGAUCAUGGAAAAUCGUAAACCCUUUUCAUUGAAAACAACUUUAUUUCUAUGGAAUGCAGCUCUAGCAGUUUUCAGUAUUAUAGGUUUUAUUCGAUUUACAGAGGACUUUGCCCAGUCGCUCUACAAGCACGGAAUAUACCGUUCACUUUGUUAUUCUUGCCAUCCCAACGACGUCGCUGCCUUCUGGAGCUUCUGUUUCGCUAUUUCUAAAGUCGUCGAACUCGGUGAUACAUUGUUCAUUGUUCUUCGCAAGAAGCCGCUGAUAUUUCUACAUUAUUAUCACCACGCAGCUGUACUCAUCUAUACAGUACACUCAGGUAAUACAAAUUACAGUAAUACAAACGUCACGGAUCAUUGA